CUGAAAUACCCGGGAGUUAUCAAAUUUGAUUGUCAAGGUCGUGGUGUCAGUUUUGCCUUUUCCAUCUCCAGCAAUAUAGGAUAUCAAUGCCAAGGGGUAGGAAGUCCUUACUUUCUGGUAUGAAACUGUCCUACAGUUGUGAAUGGCCAAACUGCUGUAAUACAUACAACAACGAAAAUUUGCUCAAAUAUCACCAGCUGCAACACUUUAGAGAACUAUGUGAGCAACCUUCACAAGGUCCACGUCUUCCUGUCUGUGGCAUAUGUAACGCCUCUUUAAAUAUAACUGAUAUUGAUGGGAUUGAAAGGCAUUCGUUUUUUCAUUCAUGGGUCAACCAACUGAAAACGAUCGGGAAACAUGUUUUAGAACUAAAUGACUGGCCUGUAUGUUUAUCCGACUCAGUAUCAUGUAAUUUGAUCCCCGAGCUUCCAACCAAAUUCGAGUGUGGUUGGGAAUAUUGUGAUUUUAAAACCAACGAUGUUUCUGUAUUUAUUACUCAUGUAUCGAGACACCCAGAGGAGUAUACCGAUUCUCGAUAUCCUAAAAAUGUACGGUUAAAAUGUCUAUGGGAGAAUUGUACAUAUAUAGCUAAUCGCUUAAGCAAUCUUUCAUGUCACUUGGAUACUCAUACUCAAACCAAACGUGCAGCUUGUCCUACAUGUGGUUUAUUACUUGUUGAUUUUCGUAAAUUAGAAGAUCAUCUUAAACGUCAACAAAUUCAUUUAUUAAAUAAAAGCACCAACUUCAAGGAGAACUUGCAUCAUUCGAUCAAGCCCGUGAAAUGUAGUCGUUGUAGAAGAGUAUUCAGUACACAAAGAUUAUUGAUGUCACACAUGAAAAGACAUAUCAAUACAGUAAAGUGCCCUUUUUGUGAUAUGACUGUCUGGAGCAAGUCAGCUCUAGAACGUCACAUCCUAUUUCGACAUUCAAGCGAGAAGCCAAUUAAAUGUCCAUAUUGUUCUUUUUCAUUUAAGUUGACCUAUUGUUUAACGCGGCAUUUAAGUUCUAAACAUGGAAUUCGUGAAUUAAAUGAAAAUGAUAGGAAGUCAACCGAUCCAGUUCUACCGGAUACCACUCAAUCUGAUUUAGUUGCUGAAAAAAGGCCUUACUGCACAUCUAUUGCCCCAAUCCAUGGACCGUUAGCUCAAGCUGGUGCCUUACCACAUGUUCAAGCAGAUAUUUUAACUCCUACAGACAAUGAUACUACUUCUUGUGCGACGGUCGAUGUAUUUGUCUGUCCUCAUAAGGAUUGUAAUUUCAAAACUAAUAAGAGAAAUGGUUACCUUGUUCAUAUUGGUCGUAAACAUAAUCCACUUCCAUCUAAUUCAUCAUUAGAGUCAUCAUCAGAUCGUCCAUAUGGUACCGAUAACUCACCAAAUACUUCUCAGGAACGUUUAUAUAUGUGUCAUAUGUGCUCUGUUGUUAAACGACGGGGUAACGAAUUAUCAAAGCAUUUGGUAAGAGAUCAUCACUUAGCUCGUCCUUCUGGGCAUGUCCGUUUUACUUACACCAUUUCAGAUGAUGGACAUUAUCGCCUACAGUUAACUCGUCUUGAUACUGUACGUGUUGCUGCUCAAUUGCUUGGUGAGACAGUUGUUAGUAAAUUACUCGUUGAGACAAGAAAUCAACAAUUGCCCAUCUGUGAAUAAAAUUUUUCCUACAAUCACUUCAAGUAUAUAUCUUCAUCACAGUCACUUCCCCAUAAUGUUUCGCCCACUCUGUACAGGUCCUUCGAUUAGUAUAUUCAAACACCUCAGCAAACUAUUCUUUUACUCCGUUUCACUCAGCUUCUUUAUUUUGAUGUUUUUUUAUGUUAAUGUAAGAUUUUUUGUCCUGUAUUUAGUUCUAUUGUUUACAAAACAGAUUGAAGUUUUUUCCAAUAUAUUUUAAAAUGAU